CUAAAGGAGCAGCAGGACCUGGUCUUAGCGAGGUGUGUAGUGACGGUCUAAAGGAGCAACAGGACCUGGUCUUAGCGAGGUGUGUAGUGACGGUCUAAAGGAGCAACAGGACCUGGUCUUAGCGAGGUGUGUAGUGACGGUCUAAAGGAGCAACAGGACCUGGUCUUAGCGAGGUGUGUAGUGACGGUCUAAAGGAGCAACAGGACCUGGUCUUAGCGAGGUGUGUAGUGACGGUCUAAAGGAGCAGCAGGACCUGGUCUUAGCGAGGUGUGUAGUGACGGUCUAUAGGAGCAACAGGACCUGGUCUUAGCGAGGUGUGUAGUGACGGUCUAAAGGAGCAGCAGGACCUGGUCUUAGCGAGGUGUGUAGUGACGGUCUAAAGGAGCAGCAGGACCUGGUCUUAGCGAGGUGUCUAGUGACGGUCUAAAGGAGCAACAGGACCUGGUCUUAGCGAGGUGUCUAGUGACGGUCUAAAGGAGCAGCAGGACCUGGUCUUAGCGAGGUGUGUAGUGACGGUCUAAAGGAGCAGCAGGACCUGGUCUUAGCGAGGUGUGUAGUGACGGUCUAAAGGAGCAGCAGGACCUGGUCUUAGCGAGGUGUGUAGUGACGGUCUAAAGGAGCAGCAGGACCUGGUCUUAGCGAGGUGUGUAGUGACGGUCUAAAGGAGCAGCAGGACCUGGUCUUAGCGAGGUGUGUAGUGACGGUCUAAAGGAGCAGCAGGACCUGGUCUUAGCGAGGUGUCUAGUGACGGUCUAAAGGAGCAGCAGGACCUGGUCUUAGUGACGGUGAUCUGUCUGCUGAGGUCCCAGAUCUGACAUCUGGUGUCCGUGUUGAUCCUUCUUAUCUCCCGGCUGCUUACUGAGGAUUACGGGUCCCUGCAGGAGCAGCAGAGGGACCGGGUUCAGCAGAUGAAGAUGGAGGAGGUGUUCAGGCUGCUGCCGGUCUGCUGGCUCCUGGUGGGCCCGGUACCGGCUCAGGUCCGCCACCCUCUACCCGCGCUGUGGAUGAUGCCAGGGGGGGACAACCUGACGGCCGACGUGGCCCCGGCGGUCCGGCUGGCUUUGCAGGACCUGAAGAGACAACCGCCCCCACUGGGGAACUACGAGAUCCAGCUCCAGCUGCUGGACUCGCAGUGUGACCCGGCUGAAUCCCUCAAAGCCCUGUUUGACGCCUUGUGGGCGGGGCCAGACUACCUGCUGCUGUUUGGAGGGGCGUGUCCUUCUGUGAGGGCGCUCAUCGCUCGUUCUCUGCCGGCUCUCAACCUGCUGCAGGUGUCUUUCUCAGCCUCGCCCCCAAGCCUGUCCAACAGGAAGUGGAACGGGAACUUGUUCAGCACGGUACCGCCGGACCGAGCUCUGAAUCAGGCUACCGUGAAGCUGCUGCAGCGCUUCAGGUGGACCAGAGUCGGUGUGAUCACUCAGGAGGGGCCCAGGCUCUCAGAGAUGAAGAAGGACCUGAGCCGGCAGCUGCUGAAGGCCGACGUUCACGUGGUGUCGUCGGAAAGUCUCUCUGAAGACGUCUGCAGCAGCUUGAGGAGGCUGAAGGAACAGGAUGUUCGUAUCGUCAUCGGCCAGUUGGAGGAGGAGUCUGUGUCCUCGGUGUUAUGCUGUGCCUACAGGCUGAACAUGUUCGGCGCUCGGUACCAGUGGGUGGUUGUUGAUGGAGGAACAGCCGGAUGGAGGCUGGAGGGUUCUGGCUGUUCGGCCUCCAGCCUGCUGACGGCUGCCGAAGGAUCCAUCAGACUGCAGACGAGAGCGCUCGGCAACACGGACACACCGGGAAUAUCUGGACGGACUCCUCAGGAUUACCAGGACUCCUAUCUGAGACAGGUGUUCCAGGACGGGUCAAAGGUCAGCCCCCUCCACACCUUCGCCUACGACGCCGUCUGGGUUGCUGCCAGCGCGCUCAGCCAGGUGAUGGACGCCGUGAAGACCAGAGAGAAGUUCAGCAGCCAGAGGAACCUGAGCGUCAGUAGGGAGGAAGUUCAGAGGACGCUGCUGGAGGCCGUGAAGCAGACGCAGUUUGAAGGAGUCACGGGUCCAGUUUUAUUUCGUCACGGAGAGAGGAUGACGUCCAUCGAGUUGAUCCAGUUUCAAGGCAGCAGGGGCGUGCUGGUGGGAGACUUCAGUACAUCCACCCUACAGCUGCGGGUGGUGAACGAGCUGCUGAAGUUUCCAGGUCCAGGACCAGCCAGAGACCGGACUCUGGUCCUCGUGCAGCGGCAGCACGUCAGCUUCCUGCUGUACAGCACGGUGUCCUCAGCUGCAGCUGUGACCAUCUUCAUCACUCUGACCAUCCUCUUCCUCACUGUCCUCCGCCAUAAACAUGAGCGGCGCGACGGAGCCCAUGACGAGCUGCUGCUGCUGGGCCUCCUGCUGUCCUCCUCCUCCGUCCUGGUCUCUGGGGUGGACGGAGCCUCGUGGUCCCUCUGGUCCUCCGAGAUGCUCUGCUCCGUGCGUCUGUGGACCGGGUCCUUGGGGCUCACGGGGAGCUUCUCCGUGCUCUUCCUCCGGACCUGGAGACUUCACUCGCUCUGCAGCAUCAAGGAGGAGCCGGCCUCCUGCGCGCUGCUGCUCCUCCUGCUGCUGCCGGACCUGCUGCUGCUGGGCACCUGGCAGGUCCUGGACCCUCUCAGAUGGGUGGUGCUGCAGCUCGGGCCUCAGAGCAUCUCUGCUCAGGACGAGGUGGUCCAGAUGUUCUCUGAGCGCUGCAGCAGCUCCAACAUGCAGCUGUGGCUCGCAGCCGCCUGCGGAUACAAAGCUGCUCUCCUGGGUCUGGGCUGUCUGGUGGCCCUGAGCGUCCGGACGCCGGGUGUGUUUGUCGUGGCGGCGUUCAGCGUGUCGGGACUGUCGGCAUCGCUGCUGACGGCCCACAAUCCUCCAGUCCAGCUGUGCGUGACCGGCGUCCUCGUCCUCUGCUGCAACCUCUUCAUCGUCGGCUGGCUGUUCGGGCCGAAGUUUCUGCGUUGGCACGGCGGCGAGCUGCAGCAGCCGGCGACCACAAGAGAGGACGAGUACCGGGCGAGGCUGAGCCGCUCGAACCGGCAGAUGAAGACUCGGACCGCUCAGCUGGACCUGGAGAUCGAGAACAUCAGCAUGCAGCUGUGUGAGACGUGUCGCCACACGGCGAGCGGGCGAGACGCGGCAGGCGGACUCAGAUCUGUGACGUGGUCUCAUGUGGCUCAGGUCUGGCCUGAGGACACAACCCCGGAGAGGGAACCUUUGAGUCCAGACAGCAUCAACUCUCCUGAACACAUGUGGCGCCGUCGGUCCGUCCAGCUGCCGAUCCUCCAUCUUUCCUACCUGCCCGCCGGCGGCGGCGUCAGCGCCAGCAGCUCCGGUCUGUUCACGAUGACGACUUCCUGUUCCACUGACGCCCCUGGACCAAUCACACGGCAGCUGUGACCUUCAAUGAGAGCGCU